AUGGAGCAGUGCGCUUGCCUCUGUGGCGUGGGCUCUUCUCGGGGAUGUCGGUGUCUUCAGAAGCGCAAGCGCCCAUCUGAGACAGCAGUGGCCAAGGGCAAGCUGUGUCGUCAGGAGUGCCAGGGCCCAGCUGAGAUGGCAGCGGCCGAGAGCAAGCCGGCCCUGGCAGGAAAGCACCUCGAGGCGGACGCGGCAGCGCGGUGCUGUGCGGGGAGUCUAGAUACUGAGGACUAUAGAACACUGCUGAACGUAGUGGUGGAUGGCUUAUGCAUUACUGCUUGGACGUGCUGGCCCCCCCUUAACAUCGAUGUGGAUGGCCCAAUGGAAUUCGAGCCCUUGUUUAGAAUUCGCCUGACGGAGAGGAAAUCAGCCAUGGUGGAGUACUAUGCGGACACCUUCUACAGAUUCUCCGACAGAUGCCACCUGCAGAUUCAGAAGGACAGGCUUAGCAUCCAGUGGUUCAAGAGAGACCACCGAAAGGACAGACUGCCGUAUCACUGCCUGACCUACCGCCGCCUCUACCUACCGCUGAGCCACCCGGACGACCUCAUCAGGCCAGGCCUCUUCCAAGGCAAAUACGAUGCCGGCGGCCAAACGAUUGCCAUGCUCAGCUUCCAUGGGAAGUAUGCCAGGUUCACGAAGAUCUACGGAGUGAACCAAACCGAACCCAUGGCUACCACCCAAGCCCGCGCGGUGGUCCAACAAGUAGAGCAGGUCCCUGUGGACACCUACACGGACCACAGUAUGUGGAAUGCUGAUGAAGACUCGCCUCCGUCUCCAGAGGACCCCUCUUAUGGUGACUCCGACAUACUCAGCUCCGCCGCUGCUGACGAGGUAACAGCCCAUCUGGCUGCUGCAGGGCCUGUGGGAAUGGCUGCCGCUGCCGCUGUGGCAACAGGGCAGAAACGGAAACGGCCUCACGUGUUUGAGCGGAAUCCAUCCAUCCGGAAGAGACAGCAAACACGCAUGCUUCGCAAACUUCGAGCCACACUAGAUGAGUAUACUACUCGAGUGGGGCAGCAAGCUGUUUUGCUCUGCAUCUCACCCUCCCAACCCAAACCGGCCUUUAAGGUAUUUGGAGCAGCACCGUUGGAGCAGGUGGUGCGUAAGCACCAGAGCGCGAUCCUGGGAGACCUGGAGUCCGCCCUGGCCCAAUGCGCCCCGGGGCCGCAGGAGGGUAACUCGGAGCUGCCACCUCUCACCAGCGACGGGAUUCCAGUCUCUGUGAAUCAAAUGACCCAGGCCCAGCUGCGGGCAUUCAUCCCAGAGAUGCUCAAGCACGCCACGGGUCGGGGAAAACCAGGCUGGGGCAAAGAAAGCUGCAAGCCCACCUGGUGGCCCGAAGACAUCCCGUGGGCCAAUGUCCGGAGGGAUGUCCGCACGGAAGAGCAAAAGCAGAGGGUUUCAUGGACCCAAGCACUCCGGUCCAUAGUUAUAAACUGUUAUAAACAGCACGGGCGGGAGGACCUUUUAUGCGCUUUUGAAGAUCAGCAAACACAAGCAGAGGCUGCAACCACACAGAGUAUAGCCCAUCUUAUUCCAUCAGAGACCGUAGUCCAGACCUUCAGUAACCCGGAUGGCACUGUCUCACUUAUCCCGGUUGGCACAGGGGCAACAGUAGCAACAUUGGCUGAUGCUUCAGAAUUGCCAACCACAGUCACUGUUGACCAAGUGAAUUAUUCUGCUGUGGCAGAUGGAGAGGUGGGACAAAACUGGACCACGUUACAAGGAGGUGAGGUGACCAUCCAGAGGGCGCAAGCUUCAGAGGCCACACAGGCAGCGGCAUCACUGACAGAGGCCGCAGGGGCAGCUUCUCAAGAGAUGCGACAGGGAGCUACUGUCACCAUGGCGCGCAACAGUGAAGCUGUCGCCACAUUGGCCAAAGCCACCUUGCAAAGUGGGGGACACAUCGUCCUGUCUGGGGAAACCGCAGCAGCCAUUGCAGCACUUGCUGGAGUCCAAGAUGCUAACGGACUGGUCCAGAUCCCUGUGAGCGUGUACCAAACUGUGGACCUGCAAUCCUUUGUAACUAGCCUCACCCAAGGCAACGGGCUGGUGCAGGUGGCCAUGGCCACUGGGGACACCAGGACAGCGGGAGCAGUCACCAUAGACGGCCAGGCUGUGGAAAUGAUGACGUUGGGACAGUGA